AUGGAGGCUGACGCCAAACACGACUUCCAAGCAAGUGCCGCGGAUGAGCUUCCUUUCUGUAAAAACACGGUUCUAAAGAUCCUGAAUGUCGAGGACGACCCGAACUGGUACUUGGCGGAACAGGACGGCCGGACGGGUCUGGUGCCCUGCAACUACAUCUCCUUCCGCCCGAACCCCUGGUACAUGCAGGCCUGCAGACGAAACACCGCCGAGGAGUGCCUCCUGGAAACGGAUCCUCGCACCGGCGCUCCCGUCCAGCCCGACGGCGCCUUCCUCGUCCGACGUUCCGAGUCCAACGGACCUGGCUACAGUCUAUCCGUCAAAGACGGCCAGAAGGUGCUUCACUUCAAAGUGCUGCAGGACGAGUUCGGGAAGUACUUCGUGUGGCUGCGAAAAUUCGACUCCGUCAAUCAGCUCAUCGACUACCACCGACGGACCAGCAUUUCCCGCGACCGUCUGCUCCUUCUUGUCGACAGGCAGCCCUCCAAGCUGCUUAGCCUGGGAGGAGGCGACCAGCAAUCGCACAUGGUCCAGCGAGUAAUCGCGCGCUUCGACUUCACCGCCUCGGAAUCAGAGGAGCUGUCCUUCCACCGAGGCGACGUGAUUGAGGUGCUAGGACAGGAGGACGAGAAUUGGUGGCGCGGACGCAUCUCCAGCACGGGCGCCACUGGUCUCUUCCCCGCCAACUACGUCGACACGCUGCCGCCUAUCAUGCCAAACGCCGGCCAUCGCCCGGUCAAUUAA